GAUUUCGCUGAAGGAAGGGGAGCACAGGACUUUGGGAGGGUUGGAUAAAUGGUGUUUACGUAAAACUGGACCAAUGCGGUACUGAGUGGGCGGGACUACUGGCACUACGUCAAAGCUCCGGGGUACAGAAGUGAUCGUGUAACUGUGCUGUCUUUGGCAUGAUAUAGCUAGAGGCGGACGCGAAGAGUGGUCUUGAGCGUAGUACAUACGAGUACACCCAGUCAUGGAAUCCGAACACAACUCGAUUUCGAUCUCCAUCCUCAAAGUGUCUCACGUCAACUCCUUGAGUGACGAGGAUUUCAUCAUAACAUUUGGAAAUUUAGUCGAAAACUGUCCCCUGGUGGCCGCUGCUGUGGUCAGGAGUCGCCCCUUCAACAGCCUCAAGCACCUGCAUGCUGAAAUCUGCUCUUUUAUCGACAAGCUUCCAGUUAAAGGACGAGAGGGCAUCUUGCGAGGCUUCUCAAUAAUCGGGCUUCCAUCCUCGCGGCAGACGGAGGAGUCUCGUCAAGAGAUGAAGGACUCGGGGAUCUCCGAAUUUAUUGAAAACCAGAGAUCAAAGUUGAGCAGCCUUAAUAAAAGUUACUGCCUUAAGUUCGGCUUUCCCUUCGUGAUCUGCACCCGGCUGAACAAGAAGGAGGCCAUCCUGCAAGGCCUAAGCAGGCGCCUGUACAACUCGCCGGAGGAGGAGCUGCACACGGGCAUCGAGGAGGUGAAGAAGAUUGCACUGCUGCGCCUCAAGAACUUGGUCUCCGAGGACAUGGACAAAAAAUUAUAGUACAAACAUUGUCAAAACAUGAGAUACAAGUAUCAAAACAAAGAAAAACAACAAUUAUAAUCAGGAUAAAACAAGAGAUAAUGGGUUCAAGCUUGAAAAAGUUAGAUUUAAAAAUAAAUCUCAAACAGAAAGGUAGAUGAAUGGGAUGGGCUCAGUAAUCAGGUUGUUAUGCUGAGUCAUUAGGAAGCUUUGAAAUAAGAUUAGACAAAUUUAUGGAUGAGGGUGAUAGGUGUAAACAGAUGUUUCAUAGAGGGAAUCCCACGUGUAGGCCUGAUGGCUUCUUGCAGUUUUCUUUAUUUUCUUAUAUUCUUAUUGGGCUUGAGCAGGAAUAAAACCUAUUCAUAAUA